AUGGGUACCGGUGGAUGCAGCCAGGUGAAAUAUCGGUCAUUGGAUUUCGCUAGCUCAGACCAGCUGAUACGGACUAGUUUUAGUGGCUGUGACCGGGUAGAACCAUGGUACAUGAUAAUCACCAUCAGCGGCCAUUUGAAUCCUCUGUUUACGGUUUCGAUGGCCGAGAUCCGGGGUUAUGAACUUAUGGUUGCAGCGACUCGGUACAUGCAACUUGGUGAAACAUCGAUCCAAUGA